CCUCUCGGGUCCGCUCCUGCAACCUUUGAGCCAUGACGACUGGCCCAGACGAGAGCUCCGUCAGGGUGGCUGUCAGAAUCAGACCUCAGCUAGCCAAAGAGAAGAUUGAAGGAUGCCACAUCUGCACAUCUGUCACACCUGGUGAACCACAAGUAUUCCUGGGAAAAGAUAAGGCUUUCACUUUUGAUUAUGUGUUUGAUAUUGAAUCCCAGCAAGAAGAAAUAUAUGUACAGUGCAUGGAAAAGCUGAUUGAAGGCUGUUUUGAAGGAUAUAAUGCUACUGUGUUUGCAUAUGGUCAGACAGGAGCUGGUAAAACAUACACAAUGGGAACUGGAUUUGAUGUUAACAUAAUGGAAGAAGAACAGGGCAUUAUACCACGAGCUGUAAAACACCUUUACAGAUGUAUUGAAGGAAAAAGGCAUGCAGCUAUUAAACAGGGGCUUCCUCCUCCAGAAUUUAAAGUCAAUGCUCAAUUCUUAGAGCUUUACAAUGAAGAAGUACUUGAUCUCUUUGAUACAACACGUGAUAUUGAUUCAAAGAACAAAAAGUCAAAUAUCAAAAUUCAUGAAGAUUCAGCAGGAGGAAUAUAUACAGUUGGAGUCACAACACGGACUGUGAAUGCAGAAGCAGAGAUGAUGCAGUGUUUGAAGCUAGGUGCUUUAUCGCGAACCACCGCCAGUACGCAGAUGAAUGUUCAGAGCUCACGUUCACAUGCCAUCUUCACUAUCCACUUAUGUCAAACAAGAGUUUGUCCCCCAAUGGAUGCAGACAACAUAACAGAUAAUAGAAUAAUUUCAGAGUCAUCUCAGCUGAAUGAAUUUGAAACCCUUACUGCUAAGUUUCAUUUUGUGGAUCUGGCGGGAUCUGAACGAUUAAAGCGUACAGGAGCCACGGGCGAAAGAGCAAAAGAAGGCAUUUCUAUCAAUUGUGGAUUAUUGGCGCUGGGCAAUGUAAUAAGUGCACUGGGAGAUAAGAGCAAGAAAGUGACCCAUGUACCAUACAGGGAUUCAAAAUUAACACGACUUUUGCAAGACUCUCUUGGAGGAAACAGCCAGACCGUCAUGAUUGCAUGUGUAAGCCCUUCAGACAGAGAUUUCAUGGAGACACUGAACACUUUAAAAUAUGCAAAUCGGGCACGAAACAUCAAGAACAAAGUGAUGGUUAAUCAGGACAGAGCUAGCCAGCAAAUUAAUGCCCUGCGAAGUGAGAUCACUCGGCUUCAGAUGGAACUCAUGGAAUACAGAACGGGUAAAAGGAUUAUUGAUGAAGAAGGUGUGGAAAGCAUUAAUGACAUGUUUCAUGAAAAUGCAAUGCUACAAACAGAAAACAACAACCUGCGAGUCAGGAUAAAGGCCAUGCAGGAGACUAUUGAUGCAUUGAGAGCCCGAAUCACACAGCUUGUGAGUGAUCAGGCCAACCAGGUCCUUGCCAGAGCAGGAGAAGGUAAUGAAGAAAUCAGUAACAUGAUUCAUAAUUACAUCAAGGAAAUUGAGGACCUCAGAGCAAAACUACUGGAAAGUGAAUCAGUGAAUGAAAAUCUUCGGCGCAACUUGUCUAGAGCUUCAACAAGAGGAACAUUUUUUAGUGGCCCCUCAGCAUUUUCUGCUUCAAUGCUUGGCUCUGAUAAAGAGACAGUUGAAAUAAUUGAUCUAGCUAAAAAAGACUUAGAAAAACUGAAGAAAAAAGAGAAGAAGAAGAAGAAGAGUGCUGUAUAUGUAGAAGGUGACAUAAUGCCAGUUGAGGAGAUCACAGAUAAUGAACAGGAGAAGAAAGAUGAAAAGGGCAUUUCUGAAAGAGAGAAUCAUGAAUUAGAAGCUGAAGAAGGUCAGGAGCUUAGUGAGCAUGAAGAUGAUGAAGAUGAAGAAGAUGAAGAUGAUGACAUGGAAGUUGUUGAAAGCUCAGAUGAAUCAGAUUCUGAUUCUGAUGAAAAAGCAAAUUAUCAGGCAGAUUUAGCAAAUAUCACCUGUGAAAUUGCUAUAAAACAGAAGCUGAUAGAUGAACUGGAGAACAGCCAACGAAGACUUCAGACCUUGAAAAGGCAAUAUGAAGAGAAGCUAAUGAUGCUGCAGCAUAAGAUUCGAGAUACCCAGCUUGAAAGAGACCAGGUGCUUCAGAACUUGGGUUCAGUAGAAUCCUGCUCAGAAGAAAAGGCAAAAAAGAUUAAAGCAGAGUAUGAAAAGAAGCUCCAGUCUAUGAAUAAAGAACUGCAGAGACUACAGGCUGCUCAGAAAGAGCAUGCACGAUUACUUAAAAACCAAUCUCAGUAUGAAAAGCAACUGAAGAAAUUGCAGCAGGAUGUGGCAGAGAUGAAGAAAACAAAGGUUCGUCUGAUGAAGCAAAUGAAAGAAGAGCAAGAGAAAGCCAGAAUGAAUGAAUCCAGAAGGAACAGAGAGAUUGCACAGCUUAAAAAAGAACAGCGAAAGCGAGAGCACCAGCUAAAACUUCUAGAGGCUCAGAAGAGGAAUCAGGAAGUUAUUCUGCGCCGUAGAACAGAGGAGGUUACAGCGCUUCGUCGUCAAGCAAGGCCAAUGUCUGAUAAAGUGGCUGGCAGGGCAAGUCGGAAGCUAAGUCUCCCUGAGCACUCCAGUCAAGAACAAACUUCUAGUGUAUCAUCAGUAGAUAAUGAAGGGUCACGAGCAGUAUCACAACAGAGGAUGAAAAUACCUGUAGCAAGGGUCCAAGCAUUACCAGCGGCCACAACCAAUGGGACCAGGAGUAAGUAUCAGAGAAAAGCAAUGACUGCAAGGGUUUAUACCUCAAAGGGAGCCAGAAUGAAGUGGCAGUUACUGGAACGUAGAGUUACAGAGAUCAUUAUGCAGAAAAUGACUAUAUCCAAUAUGGAGACUGAUAUGAAUAGACUACUUAAGCAACGUGAAGAACUUACCAAAAGGAAAGAGAAGCUUUCCAAAAGGAGGGAGAGAAUGAUCAAAGAAAGUGGACCAGAUGCAGAUAAAAGCAUCCACAAUAUUAAUGAAGAGAUGGAGUCAUUGAGUGCAAAUAUAGACUACAUUAAUGACAGUAUUUCUGACUGCCAGGCAAAUAUCAUGCAGAUGGAAGAAGCAAAGGAGGAAGGAGAGACUUUAGAUGUCACUGCAGUGAUCAAUGCCUGUACACUAACAGAAGCUCGAUAUUUACUUGACCAUUUCCUUACAAUGGGCAUUAAUAAGGGUCUCCAAGCAGCUCAAAAGGAGGCUCAGAUUAAAGUUCUUGAAGGACGCCUUAAACAAACAGAAAUUACUAGCGCUACCCAAAACCAGCUGCUAUUUCAUAUGCUGAAAGAGAAGGCAGAAUUAAAUCCUGAACUUGAUGCUCUUUUGGGCCAUGCUUUGCAAGAAAAUACAGAAGACAGUACUGAUGAAGAUGCUCCUUUGAACAGUCCUGGGGCUGAAGGGAGUUCUUUGUCUUCUGACCUCAUGAAGCUUUGUGGUGAAGUCAAGCCAAAAAGUAAGGCACGUCGUAGGACCACAACCCAGAUGGAAUUGCUUUAUGCUGAUAGCAGUGACUUAACCUCAGAUCUCAGUACAGGAGACACAGCUUUGGCUGCCCCUCUUGCAUCUGUUGCAGAAGCUCAGGAAGAAGGAAUGAACACUGACUUGAAAGAGUCUCCGGCUAGGGACAGGGAGGUCAUUCCCUUACAGUCAAGCUUGCCAUCUAAGACUGGCAGCAUCUCAGAUUCUGGAACCUCAGAGGCUAGUCUGUCACCUCCUUCCUCCCCACCAAGCCGGCCCCGUAAUGAACUGAAUGUUUUUAGCCGACUUACUGUUUCUCAGGGAAACACAUCAGUUCAGCAGGAUAAGUCUGAUGAAAGUGAUUCCUCUCUCUCGGAGGUACACAGUUCUUCUGUUUCCUUACACAGGGGUAUAAUCAACCCAUUCGCUUCUUCAAAAUGUGUCCGAUCUUCUCCUAUUCAAUGUAUUCAUAUUGCUGAAGGUCAUACAAAGGCUGUGCUGUGUGUUGAUUCUACCGAUGAUCUCCUCUUCACUGGAUCAAAAGAUCGCACUUGUAAAGUAUGGAAUUUGGUAACUGGACAGGAAAUAAUGUCGCUGGGUGGUCAUCCCAACAAUGUUGUAUCUGUAAAGUACUGUAAUUAUACCAGCUUGGUCUUCACAAUCUCCACAUCUUAUAUUAAGGUGUGGGAUAUUCGUGAUUCUGCUAAGUGUAUUCGAACUCUAACGUCUUCAGGCCAGGCAAUGCCAGGUGAUGCUUGCUCUGGAAAUACCAACAGAACAGUGACAAUUCCUGCUGGAGAGAGCCAGAUCAACCAGAUAGCCCUAAAUUCAACAGGCACUUUUCUAUAUGCAGCUGCAGGAAAUGCCGUGAGAAUGUGGGACCUGAAGAGGUUUCAGUCUACAGGAAAACUAACUGGGCACCUGGGCCCUGUUAUGUGCCUUACUGUAGACCGCAUUUCCAAUGGGCAAGAUCUCAUCAUUACGGGCUCUAAGGACCAUUAUAUAAAGAUGUUUGAUGUCACUGAAGGUGCUCUUGGAACUGUAAGCCCUACACACAACUUUGAACCCCCUCAUUAUGAUGGCAUUGAAGCACUUACAAUUAUGGGAGACAACCUCUUCAGUGGAUCCAGGGAUAAUGGCAUUAAAAAGUGGGACUUAGCUCAAAAAGAUCUAAUUCAGCAAGUUCCUAAUGCACACAAGGAUUGGGUAUGUGCUCUUGGACUUGUGCCUGGUUCCCCUGUGCUUCUUAGCGGUUGUCGUGGAGGAAUCCUGAAGCUUUGGAAUGUAGACACUUUUGCGCCAAUAGCCGAACUGAAAGGUCAUGACAGUCCUAUUAAUGCUAUCUGCACCAACUCCAGCCAGAUUUUUACUGCAUCAGAUGAUCGGACUGUGAGAAUCUGGAAAGCUCCAAACUAUCUAGAUGGACAGAUCUCAGAUCCUGGUGAUACAAGUGAAGAUGUUGCCAGUAAUUAAACAGGAGUUGCAGGGCCAGGCAUCUUCAGCGAUGGCAACAGACUGUUCUCACUGCAAGCUGUCUUGCAUUUGGAAAGCAAAUAGUAGCAGCUGGGAUGGAAGAAGCCUGGAAGAUACAGCUCAACCCUGCUCUUAAGUGUGUUGUGUUCUGCUAAAACUGCUGCCCUUAAGAACUUCCCUGUGUACUGUAUCUAAAUCACUAGUCUGUUGGUUAUAUAGACUUGCUUGCCUCACAUAUAGUGGCUGAUUUGUGUGCAUACGUAAGCCUUGUAAGUUAAACAAACCAGAAGGCUGUUGUCUUGAAUGACAGUCUUAAACUGUAAUCUAGAAUAAUAAAGUGCCCUGUGUACCUCACUCAGUGACCCUUCUGUUCAGCUGAAUGUCACUUCACAGUUGUAUGGAAUGUGCUGGUGUAUCUGUAGUCUCGUUUCCAAAGCCUUUAAGAGAAGAGAACUGGAACAAUGAGGGUCAGGGGGGGCGUUCCUAAAAUGUUUACUUAUGUUUGCUGCUGUAAUAAAUGUUAAGACUGGAAUCUCAAUAAAUAGAAACAGAUGACUGCCCUGACUGUGUCAUGCUAACAGUGACUGCCCUGCGAUCUGGAUUAAUUGUUAGCAUGUCUUCUUGUUGACCAAAGUUGUGCAGCUGUGUCUCCUCUGUGCUCAGGACUAGACUAAAAUGCUAUUGAAUUGUUAACAUUUUAUUAGUGCUUUGCCUACCACAGUAUUCUUACAAAAUACCUAUUUUUCUUAUGGACCUCUUUCUAUCAUCUCACCCUUUUUGUUUUAUUUAAAAAAGGCAAGGUGUCCUUUCUUUUAAUCUAAUAAUCUGAUGUGCUGCUAAUAUAUUUUAAAUAUGUUUGUGAACUUUGGUGGGUACUUAAACGAACUGUACCAACAGUGUCAACAAAGGCUGUGUACAUACAUGGGUUGUAAAGACGGACUAUAAUAACAAUGCGCCUGUGUGAGAAUUUUUAAAAUGCUGUUAGAGUGUGGAUAUUGAGUGAGAGGGAUGUAUAAUUUAUCUAGCUUUUCAGGUCAUUAAUUUGUAAAUUCAGCAAGUUUUAAAAGUGUAUACUAGAGCCAGAAUCAGUGUUUUAUUGUGUUGCUGGGUUUGCUUGCAGAGAAUAUGAGCUUGUAAAUGUACAGCUUGUAGUAGUUGAUGCUAAAAUAAAAAAAACAACUGAAUGUGAACUGUGAUUGUCACUGCC